CUGAGGAGAACACAGCGUCACUUCUGUGGAAUUCCUGCCCAAGAUGCAUAAUCCAAAUCUAAUCUUGAGGAAACAUCAGAUAAACCCAAAUUUAAGGACAUUCUUCCAAAGCACUGACCUGUGCUCUUCGAAAACAUCAAGAUCGCGAAAGUUAAUGGAAGAUGGAGACAUUGUUCCAGAUUGAAAGAGACCAAAAAGACCUGAUAAAGGAAUGCAGCUCGUGACCUAGGAUUUCCUUUUCCUAUAAAAGGACAGUACUGGCACACCCACUAGGAUGGCUAGAAUCAGAUAACAAAGUGUUUGUGAAGAUGUGGAGAAAUUGGAACCCUCAUACUCUGCUGGCAGGAACGAUUAGGAAUUUGGCGUUUGGACAGUUUGUUCUUGGACGGCCAGAAGACCUCCCGACGCGACCCUUCAGGGACUGGCACACCAAGAGGUCGGAAAGGUGCGGGAUCCAACGUUCCACGCGCCCACGUCCUCCCGCGCCCGGCUCCUCUCAACCUCCCGCUCCUCCUUCCCUCAAUCCUCCCGCUCCCCUCCUCCUCCGUCCCCGCCCCGCUCCUGUCCUCUUAUUGGCCGAGCGGGCCGGCCGGGCCUCCCCGGGAUUUAAAGGGCCCGCUCUCCGCGCUGCCCUGGGAGCCGCAGCUGGUCCCGGCCUUGCGGCCUGCGGGGGAGGCUGCCCGGAGGAGGCGGCGACGGUGGCGGCGGCUGUACGUCCCCGGCCCCCUGGACCGCAGCUUUCUUACUGCCAGGUCUAUCCAUCAGUCCAUCCAUCCGUGGGGGUCCACAAUGGCCACCUUCAGCCGCCAGGAAUUUUUCCAGCAGCUGCUGCAGGGCUGUCUCCUGCCUACUGCCCAGCAGGGCCUUGACCAGAUCUGGCUGCUCCUUGCCAUCUGCCUCGCCUGCCGCCUCCUGUGGAGGCUUGGUUUAUCACUUUGAAAAGUUUCAAAGUUACUGAAAAGCUAAGUUGAAAGAAUAGUACAAUGAACACCCAUAUAUGCAUCACCUGAUUCUCCAACUGUCAACAUCUUGCCACAUUAGCUUGCUCUAUCUACCUAUCUAUCUACCUACCUAUCCAUCCGUCCAUCUGCCUAUCUAUCUAUCUAUCAUCUUCCUGAAUCACUUGAAUAACGUGCUGACACUUCAUCCCAAAUCCUCUUGCGUGUGUCCCCCAAGAACAAAGACAUCUUCCCCCCACAGCCAGAGCCUCAACCAUCACCCCUCAGGAAAUUUAAUCUUGAUGCCAUGAUAUUAUUCAAUAUAAGUUAUUCAAAUUUCCUCCAGGAUUCCCAAAGUGACCUUUAUAGAUGUCUCUUUUCUUUAAACCCAAGCCCUGCCACCUCCCCAGCUCCCCAACACCUGCUUUGGGCCCCCUGCAAUCCCACCACGUUCCAACCUCUAAGCCUUUGCCUGAGCUACGUCCUCUGCCCAGGCUGCCCUUCUACCAGCCCUGCUCUAAUUCCCUUUCUUGUCCUCUCUUUCUCUCACUCAAAGGGUUGCCAUCCUACCUGAAGCAUGCAAGCACCGUGGCAGGCGGGUUCUUCAGCCUCUACCACUUCUUCCAGCUGCACAUGGUUUGGGUCGUACUGCUCAGCCUCCUGUGCUACCUCGUGCUGUUCCUCUGCCGACAUUCCUCCCAUCGUGGCGUCUUCCUCUCCGUCACCAUCCUCAUCUACCUACUCAUGGGUGAGAUGCACAUGGUGGACACCGUGACAUGGCACAAGAUGAGAGGGGCCCAGAUGAUUGUGGCCAUGAAGGCGGUGUCUCUGGGCUUCGACCUGGACCGGGGUGAGGUGGGUGCAGUGCCCUCGCCCGUGGAGUUCAUGGGCUACCUCUACUUCGUGGGCACCAUCGUCUUUGGGCCCUGGAUAUCCUUCCACAGCUACCUACAGGCCGUCCAAGGCCGCCCGCUGAGCCGCCGAUGGCUGCAGAAGGUGGCCCGGAGUCUGGCGCUGGCCCUGCUGUGCCUUGUGCUGUCCACCUGUGUGGGCCCCUACCUCUUCCCGUACUUCAUCCCCCUUGAUGGUGACCGCCUCCUUCGCAACAAGAAACGCAAAGCCAGGGGCACCAUGGUAAGGUGGCUGCGAGCCUAUGAGAGUGCUGUCUCCUUCCACUUCAGCAACUAUUUUGUGGGCUUUCUGUCCGAGGCCACGGCCACGUUGGCAGGGGCUGGCUUCACCGAGGAGAAGGAUCACCUGGAAUGGGACCUGACGGUCUCUAAGCCACUGAACGUGGAGCUGCCCCGGUCCAUGGUGGAAGUUGUCACAAGCUGGAACCUGCCCAUGUCUUAUUGGCUAAAUAACUAUGUUUUCAAGAAUGCUCUCCGCCUGGGGACCUUCUCAGCUGUGCUGGUCACCUAUGCAGCCAGCGCCCUCCUGCACGGCUUCAGCUUCCACCUGGCUGCGGUGCUGCUGUCCCUGGCGUUUAUCACUUAUGUGGAGCACGUCCUCCGAAAGCGCCUGGCUCGGAUCCUCAGUGCCUGCAUCUUGUCGAAACGGUGCCCAGCAGACUGUUCACACCAGCAUCGCUUGGGCCUGGGGGUGCGAGCCUUAAACCUGCUCUUUGGGGCCCUGGCCAUCUUCCACCUGGCCUACCUGGGCUCCCUGUUCGAUGUUGAUGUGGACGACACCACAGAGGAGCAGGGCUACGGCAUGGCAUACACUGUCCACAAAUGGUCAGAGCUCAGCUGGGCCAGUCACUGGGUCACUUUUGGAUGCUGGAUCUUCUACCGUCUCAUAGGCUGAGGCACAUCUGUGGACCCUCACAACUCUCUCAAGACCCCUCCUCAGGGUGCCAGCUCUGAUGGGGGAUGAGGGAAGGCCCUCUCUCUAAUUCUUGACCCUCUCUCCAUCCUUGGCCCCCAACACCCAUACACACACACACACACACACACACACACACACACACACAACCAUUUCCAUGCCUGUCAAUCCCCACCCCACCACAAGGCGGGAAGGGAGUGGUCCCUGCUGGGGCCUAGGGGCGGGGGAUGCUUGGGGAAGCAGAGAGGGGGAGAUCCAGGGCCUCCCCGCCUUCCUUGACCCUUUUUAUAUACAGUUUGUUAUUAUCAAAUAAAAGUAGGAAGUAUA